AUGCUGCUACUCUCGCCCUUCAUCCAUCUGGUGUCGUUAGUCAUCCCGCUGAUUUUGACGCUGGAAGUGCUCAACAUGGUGUGUCUGACCACGAAGAGCACCGACAACGCAGCCAGCAAAAGCGGCAGAAAGGGGUCGAGUUCCUCAAUCCCGACAAUUUCGUCAUCAGAUGUCAAUGUUCGGACGCUUAUCUAUAUGUUGAAAUACUGGACGCUGUACGUGAUGCUGUUUGGGAUGCUGUCUAAUUUAACGUGGACGCUUUUGAGCGUUUUGCCAUUUGGGUCUCUUGGCUUUCUGUGUCUCAACGGAUUUGUCACUUUGGAGUUAGUUUAUCAGUUUAUUGAGUUCAUUGAGAGUCAAGACGGCAAGGUUUUCUUUCUCUUCAAUAAGUUCAAUGACUCGAACGUCACUUGGUGGCAGUGGGUGAAUUAUGCAACGACGUACGACGAAAAUAACGUUGCUUCAAAUUUUGUGUUCGGUAAACUGACACAGUUCGUCAUCUCGCUGGCCAACAGGUCUCCUUUUUCACGCACUGAUUAUUUGGACCGUGGUUUCAACAUUAUGGAACUGUACUUGAGACAAUUCACGCACACGAUUAUCAUGCAACGUGAAGCCUACGGACAGCAGCAGCAGCAGCGCCAAGCCAGACAACCGCGAGAUCACGAGCAGGAUACAUCAGCAAAUGUUGGCAGGAAAUCAACAGCUUCAAGAUUCAGUGAAGGUUACGAUAUGCUCGACGAUAUCCUUCAAGAAAGCAGACAGCGAAAAAAUUAG